CCCCGACGCCGCGGCGUCCAAUCUCAGGCGAACGUGAAACCCCUCGGGCAGCAAGAGGAGCCUAUCAGCAGGGCACUUAUGUUGAUCCAGUCGCACACAGUGCUUAUGAUGGACAGUGGCUGCUUGGCCCAGACGGAGUUGCUCUGGAGGACCCUAACUCCGGUUUUGACAGUGAACACACAGAACCCUCAGGCCGGAGGAAACGGAGAAACGCCGACGAUGAUGCAGACUACCAGCCUCCUGGGCAGAAACGCAAUGGCACGCGUCGAUAUUCCUCUCGAAGUAAACAUGCCCGGGCUUCCUCGCCGCCGGUCCAUGUGAUGGAACCUACAGUGGUAGAGUUCCAUCAGCCUACGGAGGAUGAGUUACGCUUAGCGUCCUCAGACCUCGAAGAUUGCGAGGAGGUCUGGAUAGCCGAGUACAGCGAUUACAUCUUGGAAACUCAAAAGAGGCAAAGACAAGUAGAGGUAUUUUUUGAUGCUAGUUGCCUUGAACGGAAUUCCAACGUCGCACGGUCAUUGUCACACCACUACGCGGCUCGUGUGGCUAGUAUACCCCCGCCGCCGCCGCCACCACCGCCGCCGAUGAUGCAGGACAUGAACCGCGUACCAAAUGUCAACCCGGUUUCACCUCCGUCUGCUUCCACUGAUGAUCCAGACAUAUCGCCAGAGCCCGCAGAACUUGGACAGUCUUUCGAAGCAGAGCGUGGGGCGGAGGAUGCUGCCACAGCAUUAGAGGAAUCUGUCCUCGGCCAUCCGAAGGCUACUCCAGGAUCUAGGAAGGGUAAAAAUAAACUGGGAACGAAACGCCCAGCUGCGCUGCCCGAGUCAGAUUCUGGUAGUGAGCUUGAUGUGCCUCUUUCGAAUAGGUUUGACAAAAUCGGCCCUGCCGCAAAGAAGCGCAAGGUGGAUAAGAACGCAGAUGGCUUGGUAGAUGAAUCGGAGAGGUUCAUUACGAACGACAAUCCGCUCGAGUUCCCCAAGCAUGCCCUUGGCUCAUCUAUCUCAGCAUCGUCCACGAAAGCGAAGGGUAAAGGGAAGCCCGCCGGACCAGGUGAGAUGGGUGGGGAUGGGGUCAAGCCUUAUCGUAAGAAACCCGGGCCAAAGCGUAAGCUCGAUGCGCUUCCACCGCAUACUCAAGAGCUUCUUGGAGUCGGCUCUGGUUCGGUAUCUGCUUCUCGCGACGGAACCCCCUCGGUUUCUGCGUCACGGCCAGCCUCUCCAGCGCCGACUAAUACUUCAUCGGUCGUGUAUGAAUUGGACGAGCUCAUACCACCUCUGAAGAAAGCCAAAAAGGUCGAUGAUUCGAUCAUGGCCAAACGGGUCAGGGUAUUGGAAGAGGCGCAGAAGAAGGUAUGGACGAACAUCGCCAAACGAGAGGUGGCAAAGGUCUACAAAUACCAUGCUAUGGGGUAUCAAGCCAGACAAGCGCAGUUGAAACGUCUUGCCCUCCUCUCAUCUAUGCAAGCUCGAAGACCAUUUACUCGGACUGCUAAAGCAAAUAAGGAUAUCCAGGCUAAAAGUAAGAGGCUAAUGCGUGAGAUGCUCGUAUUUUGGAAGAAGAACGAGAAAGAGGAGCGGGAUGUCCGCAAGCGGGAACAGAAGGAAGCUCAUGACCGCGCCCGGGUCGAGGAGGAACGCCGUGAGGCUGCUCGACAGGCGAGGAAAUUAGAGUUCUUGAUUAGUCAAACGGAGCUGUACAGUCAUUUCGUUGGGAGCAAACUGAAGACUGCUGAGGUCGAGGGCGACUCUGCUGAUGCGCAAGCACCUGCCGGUGCUGAGCUAGUCGAAAACGAUAGUACCUUACAGGAUAUCGACUUCGACGAUGACGAUCAGACAAACCUCCGCCGACAUGCGGCGCGUAACGCUCAGGAUGCCAUAACUCUAGCCAAACUGAGGGCAAAAGAGUUUGACCGACAAGCUGCGCUGGAGCGCAAGACCAACGAAGCACUGCAGCUUGCGAAAUCGGAAGGACGAAGUCGAGAGGAGUCAGUGGAUGGUGUGGCCACACCUUCUGCACCACUCGUAGACCUCGACUCGGAUGAGCUUAAUUUCCAGAAUCCUACUUCCUUGUCUGGGCCGCUGACCAUCAAGCAGCCGAGAAUGCUUACAGCGCAGCUCAAGGAAUACCAGCUGAAAGGCCUUAACUGGUUGGCAACCUUAUACGACCAAGGUAUCAACGGCAUCUUAGCCGAUGAAAUGGGUCUAGGGAAAACCGUCCAAUCUAUUUCUCUGCUGGCCUACCUUGCAGAAGUGCAUGAUAUCUGGGGACCUUUUUUGGUUGUUGCUCCUGCCUCUACCCUACACAACUGGCAGCAAGAAAUCACCCGAUUCGUCCCACCUCUGAAGGCGUUGCCUUACUGGGGCAAUGUGAAGGACCGGGCGACCCUGCGAAAAUUCUGGAGUAAAAAGGAAAUCAGCUAUAAUCAGGAUGCUCCGUUCCAUGUCCUCAUCACGAGUUACCAGCUGGUGACUCAAGAUCAACAGUACUUCCAGCGGGUAAAAUGGCAGUACAUGGUCUUGGAUGAAGCGCAGAACAUCAAGAACUCGUCUAGUGUCCGGUGGAAGACACUUCUUGGAUUUAACUGUCGAAAUCGGUUGCUUCUUACUGGAACGCCGAUCCAGAACAACAUGCAAGAACUGUGGGCUCUGCUGCAUUUCAUCAUGCCCAGUCUGUUCGAUUCUCACGACGAAUUCAAUGAAUGGUUUUCAAAGGAUAUCGAGAAUGCCGCUGAGAACAAAGGUAGCAAACUAAACGAGCAUCAACUUCGCCGGCUGCACAUGAUACUGAAGCCGUUCAUGCUGCGACGUGUGAAGCGUCACGUCCAGAAUGAGCUAAGCGACAAGAUAGAGAAAGAUAUCUAUGUAGACCUCAGUGCCAGGCAACGAGCGUUGUACCGAGCCUUGCUAGCCAAUGUCUCUGUUGCCGAAUUGCUCGAGAAAGCUGCCAAUAUCGGAGACGCCGAGUCAGCACGGACGCUAAUGAAUUUGGUCAUGCAAUUCCGCAAAGUUUGCAAUCACCCCGAGCUCUUCGAGCGUGCAGAUGUCGUCGCCCCGUUCUCGUUCUCAGUGUUUGGGCAGUCCGGACCAUUGAAUAGAGAAGGAGACUUCCUUUUCUUGCCAUAUUCAUCACGGAAUCCCAUCGAAUACACAAUCCCCGAAUUAUUCUACCGUGAAGGCGGUCUUUUGGAUAUACCGCAAGAAGAGUCGAUUUCUCGGCAACCCACUGACUGUAUAUCCCAUCUCAUGAAUAUAUGGAGCACCGACUGGAUCCAGAAGUCCAUGUAUGACGACGUCAGCGACUCCUUUGCAUUUCUUCGACUUUUGCACAUGUCCCCGGGCGAAGCGCACGAAGUGCACCUAUCGCCGUUGCUGACGCGGCGCUUGCGAGCCGCCCAGGAAGAACGCUCAGUAUUAGCCGAAGAUACCUGCGUCCUGUACGUCGAAUGUCCACCAGAUCCCCCCUUCCGCAUCCACAGGGCGUUACCAACAAUUGCCUCGGUAAUUGCACCUGGAUUACCCGCCUUGCCCUCCAUAUCGAAGACCGCUUGGCAAGGCUCCUGUCUGUCGCGACAAGGCUUCAAGUUCUUCGUCCCACCUGCGGUGGCUCCUUCGAUAACCAUGUAUUGUGCGGACAGAACGUUCUUAAACCGCCAAGAACAGUUCUUGGACGGGCCGCUUGAAUCCCUUGCUCUUUACGGCCUCCCAGCGUAUCUGAGAGAUUCCGAAGAUGCAUACUCCGGUUACCAGUCCAGGCUACCAGGUUUAUCGCCUCUUGGCUUGUUUGGAAGCUCUCCUCCAGAUCAACUCCCUGCGUCGACUAUGCAAGUUCCAGACGCGAAGAGAUUGAUAUACGACUCUGCCAAGCUGGCUCGCUUAGACGCCCUCCUUCAAGAGCUGAAGUCGGAAGGCCACCGCGUCCUGAUAUAUUUCCAGAUGACGCGUAUGAUGGAUCUCAUGGAAGAAUAUCUUAUAUACCGGCAAUACAAGUAUCUCCGUUUGGACGGUUCUUCCAAGCUAGAAGACAGGCGAGAUAUGGUCAUAGACUGGCAAACGAAGCCGGAGAUUUUCGUCUUCCUACUCAGUACUCGGGCGGGAGGUCUGGGUAUCAACCUCACUGCUGCAGAUACGGUCAUAUUCUAUGAUCAUGACUGGAAUCCUUCCAAUGACGCUCAGGCAAUGGACAGAGCUCAUAGACUGGGACAGACACGACAAGUCACUGUUUAUCGUCUCAUUACUAAGGGCACGAUCGACGAGAGAAUAGUGCAGUUGGCACGAGUAAAGAAAGACGUACAAGACAUAGUCGUCGGCAACAAGAGUUUCACGGACGUUGCGAAACCGAACGAGAUCGUGUCGUUACUCUUACCUGAUGACCAACUUGCAAAUCUCAACGCGACUUCUGUGAUGUCUUCACAAGGAACUGGCACUCGAACGAUAACCUCCAUUAAUGGCUCAGAAGAUCCGGCCAGGGAUCUAUGGAAUGAAGAGGGUGAUGAAUUCUUUGGGCAUGCAGGUCCAGCACAAAACAAUGGACCUGAAUCCGUUGUAGAGGACGUUGGACCGCAAGCUGCGAGUACACGCGGGAAGAAGAGGAAGAACGGCGUGUCGGGCUCUGGUCGCGGUCGAAGAGGUGGCUCGCGGGGCACCGGUGCAGGUAGAAGGAAAGCCUCUGUCGCGAACGGGAGAGAUGCGGCCUGAAUAAACGAAGGUCAGCGAGCUUGAGCACUGUCGCUCUUCACAUAUGUUACUUGCAUUCUGGACUUGCUAUCGUUCUUGUAUUGCUUUGACUCUUACACUGCAUAUUGUAGACCUACGCAUUAUUAUUGUAUGUACUAUCGAAUCGCACUGGCAUGUACUGCUCUUCAAGAUCAAAUCCCGUCUGGAGUUCUC